AUGAAGAUUUGUUGUGCGGCCUCUCUGAUGUGCUUCCUUCUCGUGGCAGCCAUGGUGUCGUCGUCAGGUAAAGAAGCAUUUAUAUUUAGUUAUUCACCGUUUACAAUAAAUAUAUACCAUGUUUUCCUUUGAAAAUAUGAUGUGAUUUUUCUUUCUAAAUAUUCGGCGGUGCUCCUGUCUACCUCGCAAAUAUCAGCGCUUAACCUAAAGUUAUUUGUUGCUUGCACUUGCAAGCUCAGCGUUGGUUCUGACGUCGUUCCCUAAUUUUGAACAAACGGCAGUGAAGCGCGCCGGAAAGCUUUCCUCUAUGGUCGAGGGCGGCGCUGUUCAUAGUUAAGAUCCCGCGUCUCAGACGCGCGUACUUUAACCUCGGUUAGCAACGUCUGCGAAGCAGCACCGAGAUACACGUUCUGCGCCCCAAAAUGACUCAACGAAUUACCGGAUGUGCUUUUCGAAUUUCCUUUGAGGCAUUCGAAUCAUGUUGCGUACUCCAAUCUUGGUACACAUGUGGGAGCCUAGAACGAGGAUUUCGAUGCUGUUUUGCAGACGGACUUGACCAGAGAGUUUAGUUUCGUCUGUAGAGCGCUUUAAUUUCUAGAAAUCCUCUCUCCGUAUCUCUUGGUGCCAGAGACUUUUCACUCGAGGUUUUCAAUUUCUCACGUGGCUUCGGCCAAAGGCCGAUGUUCUGUCGGCCUGCUGCCGCCACCGAAGCAUCCCGUGUCAAGUGAGAAAAAAACCUCCGGUACCCUAAAGGUACUCUCCGAGUUAGAUCACCAAGCUCGAAGAAUGGGAUGGAUUUAUAUCAUGAACUGCGUUAGUGUUAUCGGACGAAUCCAACAGCUUCAGACAUUCAAAACAUGAUGGAUUUCAAUCCUGAAAUUACCCAUAAUAUGCUUAGUCUUCUGGGAUAAAAAAGAGUCAAAACAUCAUACUAGGUAAAUUAAAGUUUCCGUCUUCAAAACAUUUGCCUGUUUCAUUGCAGUUUAAGAUAUGAAGGGAUCUUUAUUCAAGCAGGUUCAUUAGCACUUGAUACCGGUCGAGUGGCAGGGCUCUAUCUAGGGUAUUUGAGGGGUAGAAGCUUCCCUUCCCAAAUGCCCAGAUUCUCCCCCCAAAAAUAAUGCUUUCAUUACAGUAUAUGAGUAAUUAUACCGGGAAAAUCAUCUAGACCCGACGAGGUCAUUUCUCAAACAGUAAAAUUUCUCAAAAUUGUGUCUCAGAAUGCACCACAGAGAUUGCAUCUCAGAGCAUAUUCAUUUCAAAAAAUUUCCGGAAGGCAUACCCCGGACCCCCCUAGGAAGCAUGUCGCCUUCGGCCACUCGGGACUUCUCCCCCAAACGAUAAAUCCUAGAUAGAACCCUGAGUGGUAUUUGUCUAUUCUAUAUUGCUGUCACUGCUUAAGGAAAGUUUGGCCAAUGUCAAUUUGUAUUUGAAUAACGCGUGAAAUCUUCCGCCAUUUUGUCCAGCGCUGCGCUGCCAAAACAGCAAAGCUACCGCACGGCGUGUCUCUUACACCCUUCGUGCUAUAUAAAUUCGAUUGACGUCACUGAAUGUAUUAAUGUCGGCAAAAAAAAAAACAUCGGGUUAUGAAGAAUUAGCUCAAAGAAUUAUGCCAAUCAUAGAAAGACACAUACUUUGAAUAAACAUCAUUGUUACAGGAGCGAAAUUGUCGAUGUCAUCACUAUAACUAUAAUUAAGUACUAUAUUAUUAUCAUUAUUAUUAUUAUGAUAAAGGCGGGUUGUCAUUAAGGGUCACCUGAAGGAAUUCUCCUACCCACACAUAAUAGUGUCGGGGGAUUCUAAGUAUGUUCUUUAUAUUCAUGUAUUUUAUUCCUUCCUCUACUGUUUUGUAACAUUUACUUAACUAACAUAAUACAGAAAUGAAUGGAAUGAUUAUAGUAAACAGUGAGAGUAAUAAUUAUAGUAAAUAUUAAAAGUUUGGUAUUUUUAUUUAGGUAUCUUAACUUAUUCUCCCUACCACUCUACAAUUACUUUACUUACAUAAUAACAUAUUUGAUGAAAUGAUAUUUAAUCGUGAGAAAAAUUUGUUAAUUGUCCUUGUCAAAUAUUGUUUAUUUGUAAUUCAGUUGUGCCAGCGAAACGUACAGAAAAAGGCGACGUCACGGACCAUGCACAAAAAGUGGAUGAUGUUUUUCCCGGAAAUCUUCUGCCAGAAUUGAGGAAACGUAAGCCAGAAAAAAUACAAUCCUUAACUCUGCAAAUUUGUAUCCUGAGUCAAAUGUGUUAAGGCGAUUCGCAGUGCGCAUCUCUCACUGCACAUGACAAGAUGGUCGCUUUUAAAACGCCUCGAUUUCUUAAGAUUAAUUUUUUCUUAGUCAAAUAUACUCUUUGUUGAGCUACAUACUUGUCUUAAGUUUUAAAAAUAAUCCAUUUUUUAUUCAUUUAUCCUUGACUCACAUGGUGUACCGUAUAGCGCCAGGAGGCAUAAAGUGUAUAAGCUCCCGGCCUUAAUAUAGGCUUCCUUGUCAUUAUUACCACUUUGAACAUUUGUAAAAUAGAUUAUACAGACUAGUGAAUUUGAUCGAUUUUGAAGUGAAAGUUAAUCCUGUAUUAACGGGGUGUCCGUAUUAAGGGAAUUGAAUUUAGAGAAAAUGUAAAGGCUUUCUCUCCCCAGGGACAAAGAAAAUCGUGCGUAAUAAUGAGCAAUCCAUACGAAACAGCACUGUCGCAAUAAACGACCGAUGAUUACUCCUGAAGCCUGAACUCCUGUUAUUAUUAAUAAUAAGUUAUCCGUAUUAUGAGGGUGUCCGUAAUGCAGGUUUUGACUGUCACUAAGGAAUAACGUUAACGUUAAAUGGAAUUGAAAGGUCAUCACCACGUAUGCCGCUAUAAAAUUACUGAAUUAGGCUAUAAGGGAGUAAGCAAAUGCCUCCGUCAGAUGCCUUUGCAGAGCCACCUGAAUACCUCACUGCUGAUUACGAAUAUUCUAAAAAUGCUUUUAAUUCAUGGGGUGGGAGUGGUACGGGGGUGGAGUGGUACGAGGGUGGAGUGGUACGAGAAGACGGAGAGAAAAAGGAGAGGGACAAGAGCUUUAAAAGGGUGUAAAUCGAGACAAGAAUCACAAGACGGCAGCUGUGCAAAAGAGCUGCUGCAGAAGAAUCAUUAAAACGAAGUCAUUAGGUAUCGAGGAGAACGUGAAUGAAAAUUUAGAUAACGUUUUCUUGUGGCCGAGAUAAGACUCAAUGUGUUGGAAAUGUGCAGUACGUAAGCGGUAUGCGUGUUGCUGAGUUUCACUUCCUCACCUGAGGCCUUCGCCCUGAACAUGCUGAAUACACUCAGAUGCCGAUUGCGCAGGCUAAGAUUUAAUUUACAAUUCUUUCAUCUUUUUUUUUACAAUUAUUUUGUGAUUUUGAUUACUGGUCACUUAAAGAGGGUGACUACCAUUGUUCCUGUGAUCUGUCCUCUACAGGAAAUGAAAGAAAGACGUUUUUAAUCUAUUUUAAAUCCAAUCUAGAAAACUUUUUAAAAGACUUAACAAGUUCUCACUAGUUUUAAAUUUCCUUACUUCGAUUUUAAGAUUUUUGAGCCAGUUCUUAUUUUACUUUUUAGCAAUUAAAUAAUAAAUGUACUUAACUAAUGUGGAGCCAACUGAAAACCUCCAUGGUCAGUCAAUUGCACGAUAUAGAGUGGUUGGUCAUAAAAUAUAUUAAUAUGAUAAUAUUAAUAUAUUAAUCGCUCACACUCCUUAUAAUUUUUGCACAUGUUUUUCUCAGUCAUGUUUUGGCUUGUGUUGGAUAGACACGGCCACCAGUGACGUUAACGAAGGCUUAUUGUAUAUAGCCUGUUCCAGGCGUUCAGGUAAGUAGAGAGCGGGAGAAAAUUAACUCGCUCCCCCCUUACUGCUACGCUCUACUAUCUGAACGCCUGGAACAGGCUAUAUUGUAUGUUGCAUAAACUCCUGUUUAAGAUUAACUAACAUUUUGUUUCAGAUUUGGAAAUGUUGUUGACAAAAGUGGUUGAUUUGUACUUAAUCAAACUUCGACGAGCAGUUUCUAAAGAGGUACGUCAAAAAACCGACAAACAUGUAAUCAGUAACAAGAUUGACGUCUUUACCAUUCAUUUUCAUAUAAAUUAUUCAUCUUAUAAUUCUAGCGACUAUUUUUUACCUUUCUUACUCUUUUUGUAUUAACCAUUGUGUCAUUGUAAUUUCUAGAUUUACUAUCGUUCUGACAUACUAUCUUGUAAAUUAAUUAUUAUUGUCACUCAAAAGCCAUCUUUAGGAAGUGUCAUCAAAGUUCGUACUGCAACUUAGGUCAUGCGUCAUGGAUUAAGAUGUUUCUUGAAAUGUUACUUUGGGGGGGGGGGUAAGGUAGGGGUAUAACUAGUGACUUCAAGUGCUGAGGAGACUCUUUUUUGAUUAUUUGGGGAGGGGGGACUAUCAGCUCCCCAUUUGACCCCACGGCUCCGCCUUCCGCGAAGGUGUGAAAAUAUGGCGUAACCAAUGAUUUUCAGCGGUUUUCUCCCAGCACUUGUACUGUGAAACUUGAAAAUGAACUAUAUGUACUUGAAACUGAGAAAUUAAAUGCGUUCAUCUAUCAAGAAGGAGGAAAAAAAGCGAAAUAUGUUGUUUUAAUUCACCUCUUUAGAAAAUAGAGGAAACUGGGCCAAGUUAACUUUCGCAAAGACUUGUGGGACUGUCUCUAAGGACAAGGGAAAAAAUUGGCGAAUAGCUGAUCGCCGCGUCCCCAGUAAUGAUCCCAGAAACAAUUGCGAGACAUAUAGUUAUAAAGUUACAAAUUUCAUGUGCCAUCAAAUUGUUUGGAAUAUAUUUUGAGAAAUUUUAGCUCCUUAGCAGUUUUGGUAUUUCAACUAGACCAAUGUCGAUAUGUUAAAUUCAUAUUUGUCUCGUAGGCUUGGCGGACAGAAACAAGAUAAAUUCCCUUACGGUUUCGGGGUGAAUAUUACAUUUCGUUUUAUUCCCCAAGCCUUGAGGCCAAGUUUGAAUAUUCAAACAAAAAAAUUAGUCUACUACUGAGAGGACUUUUUGAGAUAACUAAUAUCGUAAAUUAUCUAGUAAUUUGGAAAGUCAGGUUUUAGCUGUAAAGUUCUUAAAUCAAGAAUUUUCCUUUUCUUGACUUUACACUGGAUUAUUUCUUUUCCCAGCUUUUUGCCAGCAAAUCUCCAUGAUAAUAACACAUUCAAACCUGUGCAGGUUAACCGUUUAAUAAAGGUUUGACUGCCAAACCUAAGGGUUAUUAAAAAAAGGAAGAUGGUGAAAGAGAGAAAUAUCUCUUUCAAACUGUUUCUAUCUCCACUAGUACCAAAAGAAAGUAGAAGAAUAGUUAACGCCAUACAUAGUACAUGUCCUGCACUAGUAUGGCAGAUCUUGUCAAAGUGACCAUUAAAUCAAUUAGGCUGAUUUAGCAACAGAACGGGAACGUCAGCUGACGACGGCGCGCGCAAAUUAAAAAACUGGCUUGAUCAAUGGCGGAGCGGCAAGCUGGGCACUGGAAGUCGUGUUUAGUGCUUUCCGCGCGCUUUCCGUCGUCAACUGAAGUUACCGUCCUGUUGCUAAAUCAGCCUAAAAAUAUCCCGUUGGGACCUCGGAAAGGUGGCUGCGUCCGAUUAACAGAGAAGACUGCAGUUUGCAUAUUGUACUUAAUUAAAACCUAUAAUAGGCGACAAAAUGUGUUAAGAAUAUAUCUUUUCCUCCCCUGAUCCCCUCCAUGCAAUGUUGUGCCGAUGUUCGAGCUACCUAUAGAAAACAACAAACACCCCAACUUUGAAUUGAGGGAACAACGGAGGAGUGUGGAUUCUUUUGUUCUCUGAGGUUACCGUCUUUGUCGCCGAUUGCAGGUAUUCCCAUUACCAAAUGUCAUGAAACUGUUAUUCUUUUAAAUUCAUUUGUCAGGAUUUUUCAGAAGAAGAUGAAUGAUAUAACAAGAGUCAUGAGUAAGACGGAAGAAUAA